CAUUUCAUAUUUCGGGUUGGUUCACUUCAAUUUUUUCUAAAACAACGCGACGACGAAGAGACGCCGCUGCUUGAAAAUAAUUGCCCUAAAACAAACGACCUACGCAUUUCACUGUCAUUGCACCGACGGCACAGUCCGAUGGCGGCUAUUUCAUGUCACCUCUCCUCCGUCUCCUCGCCGGACUCAGUUUCUCUCUCUUCAGCCUCGUCACUCUCUCGCUACGUCCAUACCCUUCGACGAUUUCCCGGCGUCGGUUUCUCGUCUCCGGCAAUCUGUCGACGAAUCUCCUGCCAGACGGUCUCUUCUGCUCCUUCAUCCUCUGUCGAUGGAAAAGCGAAGGCAGGUCCCAAGGAUUUUUUGCACAUUGAUGAUUUUGACAAGGACACUAUCCUAAGUAUCUUGGAUCGAGCCAAGGAGGUCAAAGCACAGAUAAAAUCAGGAGACAGGACAUAUCUCCCAUUCAAAGGGAAAACAAUGGCAAUGAUAUUUGCCAAACCAUCCAUGAGGACACGAGUUUCAUUCGAGACCGGGUUUCACUUGCUUGGUGGCCAUGCCAUAUACCUAGGUCCUGAUGAUAUCCAGAUGGGUAAGAGGGAGGAAACUCAUGAUGUUGCUCGUGUCCUGUCUCGCUAUAAUGAUAUUAUUAUGGCUCGAGUUUUUGCUCAUCAGGACAUUCUAGAUCUUGCUAAAUAUUCAAGCGUCCCAGUGAUCAAUGGUUUGACAGAUUUCAACCAUCCUUGUCAAAUAAUGGCUGAUGCGCUCACGAUAAUUGAACAUGUUGGUCAACUGGAAGGAGCGAAGGUUGUUUAUGUUGGAGAUGGAAACAAUAUUGUUCACUCCUGGCUGUAUUUGGCAUCAGUUGUUCCUUUCCAUUUUGUGUGUGCUUGCCCUAAAGGUUACGAGCCGGAUGCAAGGACAGUUAAGAGAGCACUAAAGGCUGGAGUUAGCAAAAUUGAGAUAACUAACGAUCCAAAAGAAGCUGUUAAAGGAGCCGAUGUUGUGUAUUCAGAUGUUUGGGCCAGCAUGGGGCAAAAGGAAGAGGCUGAAUAUCGCCGUCAAGUGUUUCAAGGUUUCCAGGUGAAUGAAGAGCUAAUGGAAUUAGCAGGUCCAAAAGCUUAUUUUAUGCAUUGUUUACCAGCUGAAAGAGGCGUGGAGGUUACUAAUGGGGUCAUUGAAGCCCCAAACUCUAUUGUCUUCCCCCAAGCUGAGAACCGGAUGCACGCACAAAAUGCAAUCAUGCUUCACGUCCUUGGGUUAUAAUUGUUAGUGGCUUUAUUUAUUAUUAGUGGUUUCUUUUGCAUUUUCGUUUCAUUUUGGCGUUGAACCAUUGCAGAACUGUUCGUGUUGCUAUGAACUUGGAUGAAACCCCAUAAUUGAGCUAUUAAUUUGUAAAGCUGUUCAACUUAUAUAUUAUCAUUUGAAAAUUGUAUACAAGUAAACGAAAUUUAAGAUUAUA